CAAAUAGUUAAUUCCCUGCAGCAUUCCUCCGGGAAUGGUCUCCCCUCCACCACCACAGUCAUCCCUCCCCUUCCCUGCUCUCUCCCUCAACACUCUGUGCAUGAAGACGCUGUCAAGAGAGCUGAGUCCCCAAGGACAAGCAGGCCUGGGAAAUGUGGCUCUCUUUCCUCCUGGUGUCAGCCCUGCUCUGCGGGGUGGGAGGCUCCAUCCCCAUCCCUCAGAAGCUCUUUGGGGAGGUGACUUCCCCUCUGUACCCCAAACCUUACCCCAACAACUAUGAGACAACCACUAUCAUCACGGUGCCCCCCGGACACAGAGUGAAGCUCGUCUUCUGGCAGUUUGACGUGGAGCCUUCCGAAGGCUGUUUCUAUGACUACGUCAAGAUCUCCGCCGACAAGAAAAACCUUGGAAGGUUCUGUGGACAGCUGGGGUCCCCCCUGGGGAACCCCCCAGGGGAGAAGGAGUUCGUGUCCCAAGGGAACAAGAUGCUGCUGACCUUCCACACAGACUUCUCCAAUGAGGAGAACGGGACUGUCAUGUUCUACAGGGGCUUCCGGGCCUACUACCAGGCCGUGGACCUCGACGAAUGUGCCUCCCAGCGCAACUCCGUGGAAGAAGACUCCCAGCCCCGCUGCCAGCACCUCUGUCACAACUACGUGGGCGGCUACUUCUGUUCCUGCCGUGCAGGCUACGAGCUGCAGCAGGACAGGCAUUCCUGCCAGGCUGAGUGUAGCAGCGAGCUGUACACGGAGCCAUCGGGCUUCGUGGCCAGCCUGGAGUACCCCCAGCCGUACCCGCCGGACCUGCGCUGCAACUACAGCAUCCGGGUAGAGCGCGGCCUCACCCUCCACCUCAAGUUCCUGGAGCCUUUUGAAAUCGAUGACCACCAGCAAGUGCGCUGCCCCUAUGACCAGCUCCAGAUCUACGCCAACGGGAAGAACCUGGGCGAGUUCUGUGGGACGAACAGGCCUCCCGACCUGGACACCAGCAGCAACGCCGUGGAUCUGCUGUUCUUCUCUGAUGAGUCCGGGGACAGCCGGGGCUGGAAGCUGCACUACACCACAGAGAUCAUCAAGUGCCUGCAGCCCAAGGCCCUGGACGAGUUCACCAUCAUCCAGAACCCGCAGCCGCAGUACCAGUUCCGGGACUAUUUCAUUGUGACCUGCAAAGAAGGCUACCAGCUGGUGGAGGGGGACCAGGCGCUGCUGUCCUUCACAGCCGUCUGCCAGGAUGAUGGCACAUGGCACCGAGCCAUGCCCAGGUGCAAGAUCAGGGACUGUGGGCAGCCCCGGAGCCUGCCUAACGGGAACUUCCAGUACCUCACCACCGAGGGAGUGAACAUCUACGAGUCCCGCAUCCAGUACAGCUGCCGGGAGCCGUACUACAAGAUGAAGACCCGGGCCGGCAGCGGCAAGACCGAGCGAGGGCUGUUCACCUGCACCGCCCAGGGCAUCUGGAAGAACGGGCAGGAGGGGGAGAAGGUCCCGCGGUGUCUGCCAGUGUGCGGGAAGCCCGAGCACCCGGUGAAGCAGAAGCAGCGCAUCAUCGGCGGGCAGGCGGCCGAGCCGGGCAACUUCCCUUGGCAGGCGUACACCUACCUCUACGGCCCGGGCGGCGGGGCCCUGCUGGGGGACCGCUGGAUCCUCACCGCUGCCCACACCCUGCUCCCCAAGGACCACGGCACCCAGAGCAACAAGACCAUGGAGGUGUUCCUGGGCCACACCCAGGUGUACGAGCUCCGGAAACUGUCCAACCACCCGGUGCGCAGCGUCCGCAUCCACCCCGCCUACCGCCAGGACCAGUCCCACAACUUCGACGGCGACAUCGCCCUGCUGGAGCUGGAGCACCCCGUCCCCCUGGGCCCGCAGCUCCUCCCCAUCUGCCUCCCAGACAACGAGACCUUCUACGACCGCGGCCUCAUGGGCUACGUCAGCGGCUUCGGGAUCAUGGAGGAGCGGAUCUCCUUCAACCUCAGGUUCAUCCGGCUGCCCGUGGCUGAGCGGGAGGCCUGCGAGCGCUGGCUGCAGAGCAGGCACCGGGACGAGGUCUUUUCUCCAAACAUGUUCUGUGCCGGGGACCCGUUUGUCCGCCAGGACGCCUGCCAGGGGGACAGUGGGGGCGUCUACGCCGUGCGGGACUACACCAGCGACCGCUGGGUGGCCACGGGCAUCGUGUCCUGGGGCAUCGGGUGCGGCAACGGCUAUGGCUUCUACACCAAGUUGCUCAACUACGUGGACUGGAUCAAGAAAGAGAUGGGAGAGGAGGCAGAGGAGGACUGAGGGUCAAAACCCGGUGUCGAAAAGCAAAGUCUCCCGCCCAGCGGAUGACCACUAAGAACUCACUGAAAUCACCGUGCGGAAGGACGCUGUGUGAAGUAAACUCUCUUUUCUAUCCUCCGUCCACUUUGUCUACCCAAGAAGUGCCUUUCAUUCCUGUGAGGGUCGCAGAGGAUGUAGUUAUCAACUCCAGUUCUCCUUUUCCUGUUCUGUGCUUACACCGUUGCAAAUCUGAAUAAGCCCCAAAUAGAUGUCAUGAGAUUACAGUAUGUAAAAUAAAUCAAAAUAGUACUGAAUUAAGAUAAAA